UAUGAAUUCAUCGAGUUAGGACUGAAACAACAAUGUCAAAAACAAACUCUUCCUUUUGGGUGAAAAAAGAAGGUAAACAACCUGAUUUACUCUGUGGAAAGUCAGCCGAAUACAAUUUUGCUAAGGAACAUUUCACAAUGCUCAUGUGUUCAAUUAUUCUUUUGGGAGAAUCUCUAAUACUUCAAUAUUGUAGCAAACUAAUUUCUUCUUUGUUUUUGUUAGUUCAGGUGCACCAAACUGUCUACCCUCUUCUAAAAACACCAAGUUUUUCACUUUAUUGUUAUUUUUCACCCUUAAUUAUAUUUAUGGCUGCUUUGGAUGUGGACUUCUAUGUACUCAAGAAUGUGUUUCGGCAGGUCGUGUUAACUGGAAUAAUUAGCUUCUCUAUGGCAUUCAUCAUACUUGGAUAUGUGGUUCUGAACUUCAAUGAUGACUCCUGGGAUUUUCAGUCUUGCUUACUGUUUAGCAUGACCCUUGCCAUUACAGAUCCUGUUCAUUCUGUGAAUUUACUGAAAACUAUUGGCCUUCCCAAAAUGUAUAUUGACAUCAUUAGAGGAGAAUCACUGAUCAUCUGUAGCUUCACAUCUAUUUUAUUUGGAGUUUAUCUGAGUAAUUUACUUCACACUUUCCUGUUUAGGGGGUUGCACGUAAUCCUGGUGAUUUUGGGAAGCAUAAUAUGUGGAUAUUGUUGUGCAAGGAUCAUUCAGUUUAUAAUAACUGCCCUGUUCAGCAAUACACUAACUAGUGUCAUCCUCUGCAUUUCAGUGGUGUACAUGACUUUCUACAUUGUGGAAUUUUUAGGAAUGUCAGGUAUGGUUGUGUUAGUCAUCGUUGGACUGAGUAUAGAUUCCUUAAGCUUUAAACGGAGGAUCGAGUUAAUAAUUACUAAGUUCCUAAUAAUGUUUUCAUCUGUAUACCAACAUUUAAUAUAUGCUUUCUUUGGUAUUGUAAUUGGAUGUGGAGAAUCCAAGCAUUUUGGGUUUCACACUGUAGUUUUCAUGUUCAUCUUAUUUGCAGUGGUGAAUUUUGCAAGGUUUCUUACUAUUGUGUUAGCGAGACCUAUUCUGAAGCAUUUGAGUUAUGAAUAUAAUUGGAGGUGGGAAAUUGUUAUGGCAUGGUCUGGAAUUAAAGGAGUUUUUACCUUACUCUUGGCUUCUGAUAUUCAUAAUUUGGCUGUAGAAAAAACAGACUCACCACAAAUGUUUUUAUUGUAUGCACAAGUGAUAUCGUUAAUGACCAUGGGAAUAAAUCCAUACAUGAUGAUUCAUUCAGCCAGGACAUUAGGUCUGUGUGCUAUUUCUCUUCCAAGACAAACAGCCGUGCAAAAUACCAUGAAGCACAUACAGGAGAUAAUAUGGAACACUAUAACUUUAUUUAAGACAGAAAAAGUUUUGACAAAUGUUGAUUGGACCUUAGUAGAAGAAAAAACAAAGAUUGAAUACAUCAUUCCCAAUGAGGAGUCACCAACAGAUGAAAUUUUAAUAGAAGAAGCCAGUUUGCAUGUAGCUAUUAUGCAAAUGAGGAGCUUUGAAAAACAAUGUAGUGAUGGAAUCCUGGAUGUGGAAGCAGCCCGGAUAUUAAUUGGUGCUAUCAAAAGCUACUGUCCCAUCCGAGGAAAAUUCAUGAGUAUUUAUGAUGUUUUAACUUAUGUAAGAACUAGAAGUUGGCUUAUGAAGUUCAAAGACAUGUUAACUUCUUUGGAAUACCAUAAAGAGAAGUCACCUGGACUUCCAUAUGGGAAUAAUAAAUUUCUGAUUUUUGUAUACUACAUUGUAUUUUCAGAAGAAUUUGAAUAUGCAGGAUAUAUUAUAACAUUAAUCUACAUUUAUCCUAUAAUAAUGCAUCUAUGGCCAAUGGCAAGAGAGUUAAAUGUGGCAGCACUAAUAUCAGUAAACUACUAUUUUAUAUUUUUACAUGCAUUAGAAUCAGCAUUGAAGAUAAUAAUUUUGAAAAGGAAAUAUUUUCACCAACACUGGAAUACUUUGGAAUUUUUUUUCGUGAUUAUUGGAAUCAUUGAUAUCCUUUGUAUAUACUUUGUCAGAUUGAGAUUGAUCAACAUGCCUUUUAUUCAAAUUACCGUAAUAAUAGGAUACCUCAGAAUACUUAGGCUUAUUCUUGUCAUUAAGUGGACCAGAAAUGCACUUGGCAUAAUAAGAAUGAAUGAUUUUCUCAACUUCUUGCAGAAAUUAAAUGAAAUUUUGGAAACCAACAAACAAGAUGCUGUCAAAGAACUAGGACUCAUAGAGCAUGAGGGUGGUGAUGUUGUCAUUGCUUUGAAGACGAAGCAGGCAAUCCGGAACGGGAUUGCUAAAGCUCUGAAAAACCUCACCUUCCUUUGGUCAAGAGGUGUUAUUGAUAAACAUGCAGGCAUAGAGAUAAAUAAGGUACUUCUUGCAAAAAUAAAAGAACUGAAUAACUUCCCAAUGGCAGUCCCGCCCCCCACUCCUGACAAAUACCUUGAUAAUAUCAUUUGGCUGGAAAAGGAAGAUGAUCUCAUCAAGUUCUUUAAGCAAAGAGCCCAACUUGCCUAUUUUGAUGAUGGAGAUGUCAUUUGUAAAGAAGGUGAAAUGCCCCAAGGAAUCUACUUAAUUAUUUCAGGAACGGCAAUUUUGCAUAGUUCCAACCGUACCAAUGGAAUAGACAGUGGCCUAAGACCUGAUAGAGAGUACAAAACCCUGUUUACAGAGUACUGCACUAGCGGAGACAUAAUUGGAGAAUUGUGCUGUUUGCUUAGGCGGGAACUUGAAUAUAGCGUCGUCUGUGAAACUACUUUACAGGCCUGUUUUAUCUCUCUGGAGGAUUUAUAUGCAAGUUUUGAUACCUUCUGGCCAUUCCUGGAAAAUAAAAUAUGGCUAAAGGUUGCUAUCAGUAUUGCCUGUCAAUAUUUUCAAUCAAGUCUCAUUGAUGAAGACUUAACGUUUCAGAAGUGUGUGAAGUUUAAUCAGGCACACGUGGAGACUUUGUCAAACGAUAACGAAAUGACUAUUGAUAACAUGACCAUGAAAUUCGUGAUUAUUGUGUAUGGCAGUGUGAUUGAUACUAAGACAGAGGAAUCAUACUGUGCACCUUGCAUUUUACCUAGAACCUGUGAGCAGGUUCAGGGAUCUUCAGAUAAAAGCAAGUUGCUGGUUAUCCUAGCAAAUGAGGCUGGCAAAAACAAAAAUAACUCCGAGUUCAUGGUCAACACUGGUGUUUGGAUGACCAGGAAAGAAUAUAACUGGAAGAGAAAAAAUGAGUUGGAAACUGGAUCCCAUUUUAGAAAAGGAUAUUAAUAGGACUAAUGUGAUAUGUGGAGUCAGGUUAAGGACCAAGCAAAUAUACUGGCUCAAGAGCUGAGGGAUUAUCUGGCAAGAUUACUUAGAAGUUACUGAAACAAUUUAUGGCUGCAUUUAUUUUACAAGCAAUGGAUGGACUGUUGUAAAAGCUCUAAUUGUAAGUAGCUGCAUUAUUUGUGAGAUGUUCAAAAACUCUUCAGGAUAAUUAUAAAAUACCCUAAAACUCAUGGCAUACCAAAUGACAUCCUGCAUCCAGCAAGAGAGCAAGUUAUAAAAGAGCACAAAUUAUCAAAAGCAUUGUUAAUAUGUUACUAUCUAAACCAUGUAUUUUUUCAUUUGUGAUAUAUUUUUCAAUUCAUGCCUCCCUAACAUUUUCCAAAGUAGUUAUUCACCCCACUCGGUUUACUAAAUAUUGAAAAAUGGAACCAUGCUCCAUAAUCUUAGUUUUUGACAGCAAAGUUUAGGAGAAAUGAAUAAUCUUACAUUGCAUAGUACUGUUUGAUAUCACUUUUCAUUUAAAAAAGUCAAGUAAAGUUGAUUUUUA